AUGACAAAGAGCAAUACUUUAUCUAGUGCCGCUUGCUUUCUUCCUUUGAUUCUAGUGUCCCUUUGUUUGUCAUUCACCAAAGCUACAACCAAAAUCCGCAGUGGCCAAUCGAUCAAUGUUUCGGAGACAAUAGCCAGCGAUGACUUUGAGCUUGGCUUUUUCUCACCUCAAAAAAAUCCUAAGAAAUGGUAUGUGGGAAUAUGGUACAAGAACAUCAAUGACGACCCCUAUGUUUGGGUUGCUAAUAGAGAGUAUCCUGUCCUCACUCCUUCUGCUACUCUCACCAUCAGCUCCGAUGGAAACCUCGUGAUUCGCGACGGUAGAAUGUCCUACAUGGUCACAAACAUUACUUCAACAAGCAAAGAUGUUUAUGCCAUGCUAUUAAAUUCAGGAAAUUUUGUGCUGAGAGAGAAUGGUUCAGGAAAUACUCUCUGGCAAAGUUUUGAUCAUCCUACGAGUACCCUUUUGCCCGGUAUGAAGUUUAGUGAAGGGAAUUCCUGUUUAGUGUCAUGGAAAAGUGAUGAUGACCCUUCUCCUGGUGAUUUCUCUCUUGAGCUGGAUUCAGCUAAGCAGCAGCUAAUCGUCAAGAACAUGUCAGAUACGUGUUUUGUGUUUCGGAACGAGAGUAAGAACAGCAGUUCGUUAUUCGAUUUGAUUUCGUUUAGUAAAGGGUAUUUCACCAUUGUUGGAGAGGCAGGGUCGGAGAUUUCUCGGCUACUGUUGGAUGAGUCAGGGCUGCUUCAACUACAGUCAUGGUCUGCAAAGGACAAACGCUGGCUUCUAAGCCCGGAUUCAAUGAAAUCCUGUAGUUACCGAACGGCUUGCAAUGGAAGUACUCCAGAUGCAGAACAUAAGACUAAGAAAGGCAUCAAAAUAGAUGUUUUGAUGAUUGCGUUAGCGAUUGUAAUUGGGAUGAUGUUGAUUUUUGCUAUAGUUGUCUGUUACAGAAGAAAUCUUGCAAACAAAGGGGAAAAUUUGUUACUAUUUGAUGUGGAAAUGAGCCUAAAACAUACCCACUCCGAGCUUCCCGAUCUUAGUCAAUUGCGGAAAAGAGGUAGGAAUCGAAAAAAGCCAUGCAAGUUGGUGUUUUUCACAUUUUCUAGUUUGGCCGCUGCUACAGAUAAUUUCUCAGACGCACAUAAGCUUGGAGAGGGUGGCUUCGGACCUGUUUACAAGGGAACUUUAAAGAAAGGAUACGAGGUAGCUAUAAAACGACUUUCGAAAAAAUCGGGGCAGGGAAAGGAUCAGUUCAAAACUGAAGCACAUCUCAUAGCCAGGCUUCAACACAAUAAUCUUGUUAGACUUUUAGGAUGCUGCAUUGACAGAAAAGAGCAGAUUUUGAUCUACGAAUACAUGCCAAACAAAAGCUUGGAUUUCUUCCUCUAUGAUCGAACUCGUUGCAAGCUACUUACUUGGCAGAUACGAGUAAAAAUCAUUGAAGGGAUAGCUCAAGGGCUUCUUUAUCUUCAUCAAUUUUCGAGGAUACGGAUUAUACACAGAGACCUUAAGCCUAGCAACAUUUUGUUGGAUAACGAUAUGAAUCCCAAGAUAUCAGAUUUCGGAAUGGCAAGAAUAUUUAGAGUGAAUCAGUCACACGAAAACACCACAAAACCUGCUGGAACCAUAGGUUAUAUGUCUCCUGAAUACGCUCAUCAAGGCCUCAUCUCUGAGAGAUCUGAUGUCUAUAGCUUUGGAGUCUUGUUGUUGGAAAUCCUGAGUGGCAGAAAGAAUACAGAUUCGCAUACUUCUGAGACUCGCGGUCUUCUUGCAUACGCGUGGGAGUUAUGGACAACUGACAGAGGGUUGGACUUGAUGGAUCCAUUACUAGAAGAUGCAUCAGCCAUGCACUUGAUACUGAGAUAUGUUCACAUAGCCCUACUUUGUGUCCAAGAAGUUGCAGCUGAUAGACCAAACAUGUCUCAAGUUGUGUUGAUGCUAAGCAAUUCUAGUCCCGCCUUACCUUAUCCGAAGGAGCCCGGUUUCUUAAGGAGCACAACUACAAUUAGACGAAGCCCAGCUCAGAAUACACAAGAAUGUUGUUCUGUGAAUGAUGUGACAAUUUCAGUUGUAGGACCUCGCUAGCAAGU